GAACAAGUCAUUUGUUUCAUUCAUUUCAGAGGAGGCCAGCAGCUGCUCUGAGGAAGUUUGUCUCCCCUGAUUCUGUCUGCUCUGUGUUGAUCUGCUGUUUUCUGGUCUCUGGCAAUCAUGUCUGCGCCAAUACAGUUCAGUACAAUCCAUUGUGUCUGAAUUGAAUACAGGUCCAGUUAGAAUAAUGUGAAUGUUUAAUAUUUAGGGUCUCCAAACUCAUCUUGGUGAGUUCCAGCAGUCAUCUUGGCUUUGAUAAUCUGCUUUAAAUCCUGGUCUUUUUUUAUGUUUAUUGCACAGCACUUUGUAAUCUUGAGUUUAAAAAGUUGAAUAUAAAUAAAGUUUUAGUUUAUUAGUAUCAUUCGCUCUAACUUCUUGCUGCUUUUCCGUGUUUUGGAGUUUCUUUCUGGGAAGCACCGUGAUCAUGUCGCACUUGGUUCAUCUCCAGAGUCUCUCCCCCAGCCUGAGUCCAACAGGCUGCGCUCCUCCCCAGUCUGAGCUCAGCAGGGAUCAUGGCAUAGGUUCAGAUGGGGAAGCCUCGCUUCUGGCGGUUCUUCCCUUUCCCAAAAGUGUCCAGCUGCUGUCGGAGGGGCUCUCUCUCUAAACGAGGUCUGCUCGUGGGGAUCGGAUGCGCGCUUUAUUGGUUUUUCCUUGUUUCACCGGCGGGACUCUCACAGGAACCCCAGCGGCGCGUAGAACCUGACCGGGACGGGACCAAACACACUCAAGGGGGUUACAUCUUAGGCACCGCAGACGUGCACGCGGGCGCGACCUUUGCGGUCCCGACUGGAUCAAAUGUGGUCUACAUAACACUGAAACCGAGGCGCCUAAAGCCGGCUAACAUUAGAGGGACAGUGCGGCCAAAACUGCAGAGGAAGGUGUGGAGAGGGAGCACAGCUGGUCCGGCGGCUGCGCACAACAGCCGCGCGCACAGAGGCAUAACUCUGCGCGAGCUUACACCCGGAGCGUCUCUCCGGGGAGCAGUUGACAUAAUCAAGAACUUUAAUGGUAACAGAGAGACAGCCAGCGUUAGCACAAUUCGGGUUUAUGGCCCGCGCGCACCGCCGUGGUUUAGCGCGCAGGACUUGCGGACGAUGCGCUUUCUUGCAGAUUCUAAAGUUUUGCGCGUCAGAGAAAUUCCACGCGGAGAUUCUCCGCCACUUCUGAUUUUCGAGGGUGACAUCAAAUACCCCCCAAGCGACCAAACCCCCCGAGACAGAGCGUGUGAGGGGCAGUGUGGACUCAUCCGCAGCCCCGUGGACAACACGGAGGUGUUCGCCUUCCACCUGGACAGGGUGCUGGGGCUCAACAGGACCCUGCCCGCCGUCAGCAGGAAGUUUGGCUUCCUCCACGAUGAUCGACCACGCCCAGUGGUGUUAUGGGGCGCAUUGAUGCACCCAGAAGCUGUGGACCAGGUCACUGUGAGGCUGACGUGGAGGGAGUAUCAGAACUCUCUGAAGGAGAAGUGUUGGUCUAAAAAUGUCCGCCCAAAAUCUAAUUCAGCCUGCACCACAAUCUAUCACCACGAAUGGAGCAGACUGGCUCUGUUUGACUUCCUGCUGCAGAUUCACAGACGUCUGGACCAGAGCUGCUGCGGCUUCAAACCUCGGCAGGACGAUGUGUGCAUAAAUCCCAGCCCCCAUGCUGCAUGCAGAGACCCAGACAACACAGAACUGGGAAACAUCGUCCACAGAAAUCAUGACCCCCACCAUCUGGUGUUCAGCAUCAACAAGGGCUGCUUUGAUCGCAACGAGGACAACUUGGACUUCAGGCUAAUGGAGGGAAUCAGAGAGCUUCCAGAGGAAGUCAUGUCUGUGCUGGGCAGCAGAAAGCUGAGGGAGAAACUACUACAAUCUCUGUUUCUGGAUCAGGCAUACUGGGAAAGCCAGGGGGGCCGCCAAGGCAUCGACAAGCUGAUUGACGUCAUUGAGAGACGAGCCAAAGUCCUCCUUUCCUACGCCAACGCCCAUGGGAUCAAUGUCAUAUCAAUGAAUGUGUAGUGAGGAUUUAAAAGAGGCAAAACAUUGGCAGAAGAAAAAAAUGGUUAGAAUAGUAUUUAUAAUUUUUACGACCUCACAGUUUAAUCCGAAUGCCCCCUUAGGGUAGAGAGCUGUAAUUGCCCCAUGACCUCCAGUUUAUGCAUGCUGAGAUCACCUCGGAUGAGUUAGAUUAGCAUCCGAUGCCUGAUUGCAGAGGAGAAAGGCCAGGACUUCAAAUUUACUUCUCAGACAGAAUUUGAGAAAAACAACGAAAAGGAAGGUGGCAGAGCUGGAUAUCUACGCCUUUAUGCAGGGAAUGCCUGCUGACAGUCCAACCACAUGUCUAACAGUUGUAAACAGGACGUCAGUAGGACCCUUUUAAAAUUAUCAAAUCAGCGUAUAAAAAGAAAAAAAAAUAAGUCUAGGUUAAAUGUUUUAUUUACAUUACAAAUCAUUUGUUCAUACGAAAGCUAAAACACCUGUUUAUUAACUAGUUGGUUUUUAAUGUUGCCUAUUAUAAUGCAGAUUGUUUUCCUCCUCCCAGAAUACAGCCCUUCUGACCCACCCUGAUUAAAAGUACUGAAGCUAACUGCA